AUGGAAAUCGAAGACCCUGCUGAUCAGUUUGCAAGAGACUCCAAGCACUACCACGAUGACGGUGACAUUGUUAUCAGACAUGUUUACGCUUCCCGGGGCCCCGGCGCUGCUGCAGAAGGCUCUUGCGACGGAUCUCCGCUGGUUCUGGAGUAUUACUGCGCGGCCGAAUUUCGCAUGGUGCUGAAGUGGAUGUACUCUCGCCCCCUCGCGCUGAAUGUCAACCCAAGAGCGACGGCACGGUUGAAUGAAUUCUCACGUGCCCGACAUCGGCUGGCCGGCCGGCCGGACCUGCGAGCCGGUGAUAACUUCCAAGAACGCUCGACCAUGGUCGGAAAUCUCGGCGGCCCAGUGCGCAAGGACGUGAAAUACUAUCAUGAGGAUGGUGAUCUGGUCGUCAGAGUCGAGUCAACACUCUUCAAUAUCCACCGUUUUCUUCUGCGCGAAUCGGCCGUCUUCCAAAGCGUGUUCUCGCGCCCUGUGGGACCGGAGCAACUGCCUGACGGCCUGUGCGAAGAGUUCCGGCUCGUGCUGGAGGGCCACACUGCUCAGGAGUUUCGUGCGAUCCUGAAAUGGAUGUACUCCCCUCCGCUGGAGCUGAAUAUCCACUGCUUGCCCGUCAGUGCCAUCGUUGAUAUUGUCCCACUCGCAGCGUUCGCGCACAAAUACGAGCUCGAGAUGUGGAAGACCUGGGCCCUGGCCUUCCUUGAUCUCUGCGUCACUGAAGAAACAUUUUUGAUGCCGACUCACUUCUCCCUGCUCCACGCACUCUACGAGCAAAUCAGUGACCCUCAAAAACGGAAAACGGUCAUGCGGCUCUGGGUCUGGUCGCUUGUGAAGGCACUAGGCACCAAAUCGGACAUCAUCGACGCCAUCGAUGCAGCGGAAACCCAUGGCGAAAAGAAUCACUUGGCGAAUCUCUACACGCUGUACAUCCGACGUUUCUGUCCAACUUCGAGCGUGACACUCCUGAAACCCGCCGCGUUGGAAAUCAACGCAGGGGGUGGUCUCGCUGAGAUCCACGUGCAGCGGAUUCUAACCGGGCACAUGUCCCUGGCGCUCGGAUGGUCGAGUUGGCGCGUGAGUCCCGGUAUCAAGCUUCCCUCGCCGCCGUCGAGCGCCAACUGGGCGAUUUCGGACGCUGCGUUCAAUUCCGCAUGGCUUAAGGCAGUGGAGGCAGCGGAGUCGACAUGCCCUGACACGAUUGAUAUUCCGCAACGCAUCUUCAUGAUGAAGCAUCAUUUGACAGAAAGUAUGACUGAGCUCAUACGCACGCCGUAUUCACACAGCCAUGCUGGGUACAAGACAGUCUCGCCGUCCUCAAGCUUGUAUAUCGCAGAUGUGUGCGCGAAAUUGGAUGGUUUUCGGCUGGCGGAUCAUUUCUUCUGCUGAACUGAGUUGGCCCAAUGGACGUGCCCUGUAAAAAAACACCCAAUGGCAAUGUCUAAUUUGAUGAUAUGAGCUUAC